ACAAGCUCUUUAACGGAACCCGUGAAGCAAUUGAGAAAGCAAAUCAAAUGAUGGUUCACAUUAAUGCAAUCAGCAAGAGUGUUAAAGAAGAAAACCUUGAACUUCUGGACCUAAGUAAGGUUCUCAUCCUUAAAGAACAAGUAUCGGAGGUGGUGCAAGCGUGCCAAAUGGCAAAAACGGGCAUCGUGAACACGAACCUGCUUGAUCGAGAGGAAAUCCAUAGACUUAUACUCGAAGAAGAGUCCUUACCAUACCAAAACUCAAUCGAGGCUAUAGAACACGGAUCGGCAUCCGUAUACUCGAACGGAACACUUCUUCUGUAUGUUCUUUCCAUGCCAAAGGUGAAGCCGGACAGCUAUCGACUCUUAAUGACACGAGCUGCUAUUAUAAAUGGACAACACGUGGUACUCGACUAUGAGAAAAUGUUGAUAAAUCAGGACGAAACGUUCGGUAUUAAAAAUGAUUGCUCGUCCAUUGGCAAUUACUCAAUUUGCGCACCCAAAUCGUUGGCUAGACUACCCGAAGACGGAUGCAUAGCGAGAUUGUUAAAAGGCGGAAAUGCGAAAUGUCACUUCGAACCAUCCAGCAGCAUAAUCAUAGAAAUGAUGGACGAGACAUCACUAUUCCUAACGAACUUUUGGGGUAAAAUCCAGGGAAAAAACUACGAAAACGUCCUGAAUGGAACAUAUGUCGUUUUGCUCAACAACGAAACCAUCGUAGUGGGAAACCAAACGUUUACCAGCAGGUCGACAAGGAUGGUACAGGCUUUGCCACCUGCAUUAACAAACGUGACGAGUAAUGGCCUGAAGCUGAAUUUGGACUACAUCCACGAGCUUAGCGUAACAAACAUCCGACACCUACGAAAAUUGGGCGAAACUUUUCACUUUUCGCUGAUUUUCGACACCGUUGCUUUGACGAUCCUUGCAUCAAUAUGCUACGUAAUUUGGAGGAAGAUUACUACAACUAUCUACUUUCCCAGGCUCAAUCGCUCAAUCAAACAAGAUCAGCCAAACGCCCACUUCAAAGAUGUUUAAAGGGGGGGUAGUUAAUACGGGGGCUAACACACAUACCUGUGUGAAUGUGCUGACG